AUGGAUGUGCAUAUGUGGAAGAGAUUCUCAGGCCUCCUCAAGGCACGCGGUAUCGCCAAGAUCAAGGAAGUGACGUUCAUCCUCGAAUAUGGUGCUACUGCCGCCAGAUCAAAAGACAAAAUCUGGACAACUGAAUUGAUGUCCCAGUCCUCCCAUUCUCUUACACGCAAGACUCCUGGUGAUUCUGUAGCAGAACACGUCACUGACGAGCAAGCUCUUCGCAAUCUGGUCUGCGAGUAUGUGACUCGCCGCUCAACUACCUCACAAAGCCCAAGUGCUACAACUCCAAGUCUAGAUCAUGGUAGCAACAACAUCUACGGUAGCAUCACGAAUGCCAGCACAGAUAUAUCACUCGGUGGCUUGAAUAUGGAUUAUCACUUUGAUUACGCUCCGUUCUCUACGGCCCACAUGAAUAAUACCGAGCCUAUCCAGAAUAUCACAAUUCAGACAACUCCGCAAGACUGGCUCUUGCAGCGAUGGGAUCCCGUACUACCUACCCCAGCAGCACCAUCACCCAUCCCGACCGCUGUAAUGACGCCCACCGUAUCUCUGGAUUAUCGCGAGCCUUCUAAAGAGAUCAACAUGACUGUGGAAGAGAUUUCUUCUGCGUUGCCCGCCGACAAAGUCAUAAAGAUGUUGCGCUCAUAUCCUGUAUCCUUAGCAUCUGACGGAUAUCACACAUCGCUUCUACAUCGUGAACUGUAUAACGUCUCUACCUCGGACAUCACGGCAUUGCCUAGAUCUUCAACAGCCAUCACGUGUGCGUUGAGUCUAGAAAAUACUAGGAAUGUAUCGUUUCUGAAGCGUGCAACGAUUGCUGAGCGCCAACGUCUUGUUGAAGCAUUUUCUGCUUGCAUUGAUGAAUGGGAUGCUUUACAUGCCAUGUGGCUUUACGAAAUGAUGGAGCUGCCCGACAUCGAAGAUGAUGCCAUGAACAAUUGGAAGCCCGGAUCCCGGACCAAAGGGCUGAACUUGCCGAUUGUACUCAAGAUGACCCGUCGAUUUUGUCAAUCGCACCCAGAAGCGACAGAUCCUUCUGCAGAAAUGAACCGCGACUCGCGGGUUCGAUAUGUUUCGGCGCCAUCAGCGUGGAUGACUUGGCUGGUAGCAGAGACUGCUCGUAGAACAAUCUUUCUGGCACACAUCGUCAACUACUAUGCCACAAAAGACCCCAAGACUGGCGAAGUUUCACCUUAUUAUGAGUCACUAAACGAUGAGAUGAUCUGGAACAUGCCUCUUCCAUGCUCUUCAGCUGCCUGGAAAGCACGAACCGAACAGGAAUGGCUAGACGUUCUGCGCAAGGAACAUAAGGUAAUGGCUACCGAAGGCCAAUAUACCCUUCUCUCGGAAAUUUUCAGUAAUGAGCCGACCAUUAGUUCGUUGCUCGCGAAAUUCACCAAGGACCAAUUGAGGCUACACUUUUCUGGAGAAAUGGGUCUUGACGAGUCUGACUCGUUACGCAAUCUGAUCAUACAUUGUGCUCUUGAGCAGAGUCCCUGA